CCAUGUUUUAAUAAUUUUUACACGUGUGCGCGUUGUUUGUGUGUUACACACUCAAGACUCAUGUCCAUGUGAACAGACCCCUCUCCUUUAAUUUUUGCUUAAGUUUAAAAUUCUGCAGCAGCAGUCAUGGCUCACGUUUGGAGAGACGUGAUGGCAGUGCUGCCUUCUUCUGAAACUGAGUCCCCCCUUGUGUUCGGUGAAGUAGUUGAACCAAGUGUGCUAGCCAUGUUAGAGCUCUGCAGGAAAGAGCUGUACAGCUCAUUAAACUCUUCUUGUAUUGAAAAAGCCCAAGUUAUUCUUGAUUACUCCUGGGAGAAGCUCAACACAGGGACAUGGCGAGAUGUGGACAAGGAGUGGAGACGUGUUUACUCCUACGGCUGCUUGUUUAAAGCUGUAGGAACAUGUCAUGGAGAAACAUCACAAGACAAGGUCCAGGAUGCCAUAAAGACAUGUGACCUGGGUUUGCUAAUGGGUGCCUCCAUUAUGGAUAAUGCUUUGCAGAGACUCAUAGUGGUGCUGAAAAAUAAAGUCAUGGUUCCUAGCGAAGUAGAGGACAGUGAACAGCCCUGUCCAAAGAAACUUAGGAAAGAGUUUAUCCUGAGGCCAAUAAUCAACCCCGCACUGUCAGUACAGAGGGUUCGAUGCCCAGCUCUGGAAAGUUUCCGAUCAGAAUUUCUGGAGUCCGAAAUGCCAGUCAUAUUAGAGGGAAUCAUUGACCACUGGCCUGCCUUCAGAGAGCACACAUGGAGUAUAGAGUACCUGCGUGCAGUAGCAGGCUGCCGGACUGUUCCUGUUGAGCUGGGAUCCAGGUAUACUGAUGAAGAGUGGUCUCAGAAGCUCCUUACAGUGAAUCAGUUCAUCGACCAUUACAUUAUGGGCCAAGGGGAGGCUACUACAGGAUACUUGGCUCAGCAUCAGCUUUUUGAUCAGGUGCCAGAGUUGAAAGAAGACAUCCGUAUCCCUGACUACUGUUGCCUUGGAGAGGGAGAUGACGACGACAUCACGAUUAACGCUUGGUUUGGACCAGGAGGAACCAUCUCUCCUCUGCAUCAGGAUCCCGAGCAAAACUUUUUGGCUCAGGUGGUUGGGAGAAAGUACAUUCGUCUGUAUCGUCCUGAAGAAAGUGAAAAUCUCUAUCCACAUCAAUCUGAGCUUCUGCACAACACCAGUCGGGUGGAUGUUGAAAAUCCAGAUGUGGUCCAGUUCCCAGACUUCCUCAAUGCUUCCUAUCAAGAGUGUGUGCUUGAGCCUGGUGAUGUCCUGUUCAUCCCCAAACAGCACUGGCAUUAUGUGCGCUCAUUAGAGCUCAGCUUCUCUGUUAGCUUUUGGUGGUCGUGAUAUUAGCCCUUCAUAAAAAAAAAAAUUAACAUUAUAAAUAAAUGUAAUUUCUGCAGUUUUUAA